AAUCCAACGAUACAUCCGAUGAAAACCUGCAAGGAUGUGGUUCGGUGCGCUCGCGUUGUCUCUGGCGCUGCACUCAGUGGCAGCAGGCCCGUGGUGGGCCAACGCGGUGUAUUACAGGGUCCUGGUGGACUCCUUCAAGGAUGGGGACGGAGAUGGAUUGGGGGACUUGAGUGGAGCAACGAAACAAAUCAGCUAUGUUCGUGCGUUAGGAGGUGACGCUGUGAUUCUAUCGCCUCUGUCGGCGAAGAACACUGACUGCUCCAAGCCAGGAGUCCUGGACUUUGCUGAACUAGACCCGCGGUAUGGAAACAUGGGGGCCUUGACCAGCUUAUUGGAGAAAGCUGCUAAAGUUGAUCUAAAGGUUGUGAUCUCGCUCUACAUCUCAACAAUCAGCACCGCGUCCGAAUGGUUCAACUCAAGCGCGAGUAAAGUCACGGGGUUCGAAGACAGACUGGUAUGGCAGGCGGGGAGCGCUGAUCAAACACCGCCGGUUACAAAUGGCGUGGAAUCGUGGAUAUGGAAUGAAGAGCGAUCUGCAUACUUUGCUGCUAGAGACAACGAAGCAUUGGUGAACUUUUGUUCCGAGGCAAUGGCGGCGGGUUUAUCAGCUGCCCAAAAUGCGGCGAGAAAUUGCUGA